AUGGAGAACCUGAGUGGACCGCAGCCUGAAUCUGAGAUUCUUCACCAUGACAAACAGUAUGAGCCAUUCUACUCCUCUUUUGUGGCACUAUCUGCACAUUACAUCACCACAGUUUGUGGACAAAUCCCCAGAAAUCAGUUGCUGUCAGUAGCUGCAGCAUGUAAAGUAUUGAUUGAAUUCUCAUUGCUCCGUCUGGAGAAUCCUGAUGAAGCAUGUGCAGUCUCUCAGAAGCACCUGAUCCUCUUAAUAAAAGGCCUUUGUACUGGCUGCAGUCGACUGGAUCGGACAGAGAUCAUCACCUUUACUGCAAUGAUGAAGUCAGCCAAACUACCCCAAACUGUCAAGACCCUUUCUGAUGUGGAGGACCAGAAGGAGCUUCCCUCCCCUGUUAACCCUGAACUCAGACAAAAAGAAGUCCAAAUGAACUUCUUCAAUCAGCUGACCUCAGUCUUUAACCCUGACAUUACCAUGCUGGCCUCUCCAUCCGCUCACAUGCAGGGUGAGAAUGAGUGUGAUGACCAGACAACAGAUCAGGCAACGCAGGCCAAAAUGAAGAAUGCCUUCAUCUCUCAAAAUGUGUCCAGUUUACAAGAAUUAGGGGGCUCAGAGAAGUUGCUGCGCGUGUGCCUCAACCUUCCCUACUUCUUACGGUAUAUCAACCGCUUCCAGGAUGCGGUAUCCGCCAAUUCUUUCUUCAUCAUGCCGGCCACUGUGGCAGACGCCACCGCUGUCCGAAAUGGUUUUCACUCCCUGGUGAUUGAUGUGACCAUGGCCUUGGACACACUUUCCUUGCCUGUACUGGAGCCUUUGACCCCUGGGAGACUACUUGAUGUGACUGUGUUAGCACUAAGCUGCCUCUAUGCAGGUGUGAGUGUGGCAACUUGCAUGGCCAUACUGCAGGUGGGCAGCGGCUUGCAGCUUCGUUCGGCCUCCACUGGCUCCAAAGAGGAAGACUAUGAAAACGAUGCUGCUACUAUCGUGCAGAAAUGCCUGGAAAUCUAUGAGAUGAUUGGACAGGCCAUCAGUAACUCUCGCAGAGCUGGAGGAGAGCAUUAUCAGAACUUUCAGCUCUUGGGUGCCUGGUGCCUGUUGAACAGUCUGUAUUUGAUACUGAACUUGAACCCCACGGCCCUGGCUGAUAAAGGGAAGGAGAAAGAUCCCCUGGCAGCACUACGGGUCAGAGACAUCGCCACCCGAACCAAGGACGGAGCAGGAUCUCCUAAACUUGGCCCAGGGAAAGGGCACCAAGGUUUUGGGGUUCUGUCAGUCAUUCUGGCCAAUCAUUCAAUCAAGCUGCUCACAUCACUGUUCCAGGACUUGCAAGUGGAGGCUCUUCACAGAGGCUGGGCCAGUGACGGGCCUCCAGCAGAGCUGAACAUCAUGGCACAGAGCACGUCCAUACAGAGAGUGCAGAGACUCAUUGACUCGGUCCCUCUCACCAAUCUGCUCUUCACGCUGCUCUCCACCUCCUAUAAAAAGGCGUGUGUGCUGCAGCGGCAGAGAAAAGGUUCGGUCAGACAGCCGAUACGUUGUUUCUUCCAGUUUUUGAGUUUGGCCUCAAGCAUACUGAACUUCAUCACCACCUCCAUGCUCAAGUCCAGAAACAAUUUCAUUCGCAACUACCUGAGCGUGUCCCUCACGGAGCAGCACAUGGCCACCCUCGCCAGCAUCAUCAAGGAUGUCGACAAAGAUGUCAAAGGUUCCUCUGAUGAAGAGUUCGCCUCAGCCCUCUAUCACUUUAAUCACUCUCUGGUAACAUCAGACCUGCCCUCUCCAUCCUUACAGAACACUCUUCUGCAGCAAUUGGGUGUUGCCCCGUUCUCAGAGGGUCCCUGGCCCAUGUACAUCCAUCCUCAGUCCCUCUCGGUGCUGUCCAGGUUACUGCUGAUCUGGCAGCAUAAAGCCAGCCAGCAGGGGGAGCCUGAUGUACCAGAAUGCAUGAAGGUCUGGGAAAGGUUUGUGGGCACUCUGAAGCAGCACACACUACAGGGAGCAGUGCCUGCUGACGAGGACCUCAAUGUUGAACACCUUCAGCUGCUUCUGCUCAUCUUUCACAACUUCUCUGAAAAGGGCCGCCGCAGCAUCCUCACCCUCUGCAUGCAGACCAUCGCUGAAAUCGCAGCCCACGUGGAUUCUCAGCUCCAGGCUGUACCCCUCAACCUGGCCCGCAUCUUGCUUGUGUUCGACUACCUGCUGCACCAGUACUCAAAAGCUCCCAUGUACUUGUUUGAGCAGGUUCAGUACAAUCUUCUGACACCCCUGUCAUCCAGGGCCAGUUCAGGACAGGAGGGAGGAAAGAGAGGUGCUGUCCCACUUUAUUAUGGUUUCAAAGAGGUAGAAGAGAACUGGGCCAAGCACUGCUCGGCAGAUUCCACAGUGCAGCCGAAAUUCUACUGCGUUCUGUCUCCUGAAGCCUCCGAGGAUGACAGGGGUCGACUUGACGGCAAGGCCUUCCAAGUGCUGUUCAAUGACGCGGUAAAGUAUGACGACUUAUACUCCUCUCUGAUCUCCCUGCUGGCUGCAGGAUCCCGCUUUGACACAGCAAGACGGCAAGAAAACAAGCCCGUCACUCCAGUAGAAGCAUGUUCCUUGCAGUACUACUUCCUGGUGCUGUGGAAAAUCCUGGGAGUGCUGCCACCCUCAAAGGCCUAUGUUGAGCAGCUUAAGAGCGGCAGCAGUGACCCCAGUGAGAGCGACAUCUUGCACACCCUAAGAUGGUCAUCAAGGUUACGAGUCAGUACCUACGUUAACUGGAUCAAGGAUCACCUAGUGAAACAGGGAAUGAAAGCUGACCACGCCACAUCUCUGAUCGAAGUGGCCUCAGCUAAAUGCAGUGCAGUGAAAUAUGAUGUGGAGCUCGCAGAGGAAUACAUCGCCAGACAGAUUUCGUCGUUUUGCUGCGUGGACCCCAACAGCAUCUUACCUCUUCACCAAGUACCCUCUCUACAAACCAUCUACACAUUGGAUGCUGUGAUUUCCAAAGUGCAAGUGUCUUUAGAUGAGCAUUUCUCCAAAGUAGCUGCUGAUACAGACCCCAACAAAUCCUCCGAGAUCACCAAAAACCUGCUGCCCGCCACGUUGCAGCUCAUUGAUGUCUACACAGCCUUCACCAGGUCAUACCUGCUGAUGAGCCUGCCAGAAGAAGGAGAAAACAAACCCACAGAAGCUAAACUGCAGGGUUAUGCUGCUGUGUUGUCCAUCGGAUCCACACGCUGCAAAGCCAAUUUGCUUGGUCAGACUGUGAUGCAGAAUCUGCCGUCAGCUGUUCAGACAUUGUGUGAAACGUGGAACAACAUUCACACCAAUGAAUUCCCUAACUUUGGCUCAUGGCGGAACGCCUUUGCCAACGACACUAUCCCAUCGGAAAGUUACAUCAGCGUCAUUCAGGCUGCCCACCUGGGGACCCUCAGCAACCAAUCAUUGCCCUUAGCCUCCUCGCUCAAACACAUUCUGCUCUCGUUGGUGCGCCUUACUGGGGACCUCAUUGUCACAGAGGAGCUGAACAGUCCACAGAUGAUCCGCACGCUGCUGCCUCUCCUGCUGGAGAGCAGCACAGAGAGCGUGGCGGAGAUCUGCAGCACUUCGCUGGAGAGGAUCCUGGGCCCUGCUGAAUCAGACGCUUUCCUGGCUCUCGUCUACGAGCGCCUCAUCACAGGCUGCUACAACAUCAUCGCCAAUCACUCUGACCCCAACAGUGGUCUGGAUGAGUCCAUUCUUGAAGAGUGUCUACAGUACUUCGAGAAACAGCUGGAAAGCAGUCAGGUCCGCAAAGCAAUGGAGGAGUUCUUCUCCUUCAGCGGAGAAUUGGUGCAGAUCAUGAUGGCCACUGCCAAUGAGAAUCUAUCUGCAAAGUUUUGUAACCGGGUUCUGAAAUUCUUCACCAAACUAUUCCAGCUCACGGAAAAGAGCCCCAAUCCCAGCCUUCUGUGCCUGUGCGGCUCACUAGCCCAGCUGGCUUGUGUGGAGCCCACGAGGCUGCAGGCCUGGCUGAGGCGCAUGACGGCCUCCCCUCCUAAAGAUUCGGACCAGCUGGACACAGUGCAAGAGAACAGGCAGCUACUGCAACUCCUCACCUCCUACAUUGUCCGUGAUAACAGCCAGGUGGGCGAGGGCGUCUGCACUGUGCUUCUGAGCACUCUCAUUCCCAUGGCAACGGAGAUGCUGGCCAGCGGGGGUGGGGCGGGAUUCCCUGAGCUCAUGGUCAUCAUGGCCACUCUAGCCAGUGCAGGACAAGGAGCAGGACAUCUACAGCUACACAGUGCUGCCAUUGACUGGCUCACGAGAUGUAAAAAAUACUUGUAUCAGAAGAAUGUUGUGGAAAAAGUUUCAGCCAAUGUGUCACAAGGCAAGCAUGCCAGCAUGCUGGAGUGUGCCUGCCACAUCAUUUCCUACCUGGCAGAUGUGAUGAAUGCUUUGAGGCAGAGCGGUGGCCAGGGCUCAUCCCAGCUUCUGAUGGAGGGAGAGGAGAAGGCGAUUGAAGUUGACUCUGACUGGGUGGAGGAGCUGGCCGUAGAGGAGGAAGACUCGCAGGCCGAAGAUUCGGAUGAGGAUUCACUCUGCAAUAAGCUAUGCACCUUCACCAUCACACAAAAGGAGUUCAUGAACCAGCACUGGUAUCACUGUCACACCUGUAAGAUGGUGGAUGGGGUAGGUGUGUGCACAGUGUGUGCCAAGGUCUGUCACAAAGACCAUGAGAUCUCCUAUGCCAAAUACGGCUCUUUCUUCUGUGACUGCGGUGCCAAGGAGGAUGGCAGCUGCCAGGCUCUAGUGAAAAGAAGUCCCAGCAGUGGGAUGAGCUCCACCAUGAAGGAGUCCUUGGCGUUCCAGAGCGAGCUGCGCAUGCCAGAGAGCGCCAUCCGUCACCAGAGCUCCUCACCCGCGGACAAGGGAAAAGUCACCAUCUGUGAUGGCAAGAGCAGUGACCAAGACAAACCUAAGAAGAGCAGCGUGUGUAAAAACAUCGAGGGCUGCAGAGAGGAUCUGCUUAUCCAAGUGGCGAGCUCCUCCACAGCAGCCCUGGUGCUGGAGUUGCUCAUUUUCCUAAUGGAUGCCAUUCAGACCAAUUUCCAGCAGGCAUCGGCGGUGGGCAGCAGCAGCCGGGCUCAGCACGCUCUCAAUGAAUUACACACUCAAGACAAGACGGUUGAGAUGACAGAUCAGCUCAUGGUUCCCACACUGGGCUCACAAGAGGGCGCUUUUGAGAACGUCAGGAUGAACUACAGUGGAGAUCAAGGACAGACCAUCCGUCAGCUCAUCAGCGCCCAUGUGCUGCGUCGGGUGGCCAUGUGUGUGCUGUCGUCCCCUCACGGACGCAGACAACACCUCGCUGUAAGCCAUGAGAAGGGCAAGAUCACAGUUCUGCAGUUGUCUGCGCUCUUGAAGCAGGCUGACUCCAGUAAGAGGAAACUGACUCUGACUCGCCUGGCUUCCGCUCCAGUCCCCUUCACAGUGCUUAGUCUCACAGGAAACCCCUGUAAUGAGGACUAUCUGGCAGUGUGUGGACUCAAGGACUGCCACGUUCUGACAUUCAGCAGCACAGGCUCCGUCUCAGAUCACUUAGUCCUGCAUCCUCAACUUGCCACUGGAAACUUCAUCAUCAAGGCCAUAUGGCUUCCUGGAUCACAGACUGAAUUGGCUAUCAUCACUGCUGAUUUUGUCAAGAUUUAUGACUUAUCUGUGGAUGCCCUAAGCCCCAUGUACUACUUCCUGCUACCAAGUUCAAAGAUCAGAGAUGCCACAUUCCUGUUCAACGAGGAGGGCAAAAACAUCAUCGUGAUCAUGUCCUCAGCGGGGUACAUGUACACUCAGGUGAUGGAUGAGUCCAGCAGUGCCCAGCACGGCCCUUUCUACGUCACCAAUGUUUUGGAGAUCAGCCACGAGGAUCUGAAGGAUAGUAAUGGCCAGGUGGCUGGAGGCGGAGUCUCUGUGUAUUACUCCCACGUUCUGCAGAUGCUCUUCUUCAGCUACAGUCAGGGCAAGUCAUUCGCUGCCACAGUGAGCUGCAGCAACAUGGAAACACGGAGAAUCUUUACCAUCAAUGUCAAAGGAUCUAAUGGAGGUAGUAAGACGUCUCCAGCUCUCUGUCAGUGGUCAGAAGUCAUGAACCACCCAGGCUUGGUGUGCUGUGUCCAGCAGACCACUGGAAUCCCGCUGGUCAUCAUGGUAAAACCAGACACGUUCCUCAUCCAGGAGAUCAAAACCCUGCCUGCAAAAGCUAAGAUUCAGGACAUGGUUGCAAUCCGUCACACAGCAAGCAACGAGCAGCAGCGCACCACCAUGAUACUGCUGUGUGAAGAUGGCAGUCUCCGUAUAUACAUGGCCAACGUGGAGAACACAUCCUAUUGGCUCCAGCCCUCCCUUCAGCCUAGCAGUGUGAUCAGCAUCAUGAAACCCGUCCGCAAACGCAAGACAGCCACUGCCACCACACGCACAUCCAGCCAAGUUACUUUCCCUGUGGACUUCUUCGAGCACAAUCAGCAGCUGACAGAGGUGGAGUUUGGAGGCAAUGACUUGCUGCAGGUCUACAACGGCCAACAGAUCAAACACCGUCUAAAUUCUACAGGGAUGUAUGUGGCUAACACCAAGCCUGGAGGUUUCACAGUGGAAGUAGUGAACAAUAACAACUCAAUGGUGAUGACGGGAAUGAGGGUGCAGGUGGGCACUCAGGCCAUUGAGCGAGCUCCCUCUUACAUUGAAAUCUUUGGGCGCACCAUGCAGCUCAACCUGACACGUUCCCGCUGGUUUGACUUCCCUUUCACUCGCGAGGAAGCCCUUCAGGCAGACAAGAAGCUCUCCAUUUUCAUUGGUGCUUCAGUCGACCCAGCAGGUGUCACCAUGCUGGACUCCAUUAAGAUUUAUGGCAAAACCAAAGAGCAGUUCGGCUGGCCAGAUGAGCCCCCAGAGGACUUCCCCUCAGCUGCAGUCAACAACGUGUGCAGCCCCAACCUAAACCAGGGUAAUGGCACCGGAGACAGUGACAUCACCAGCCCCAUCACAACAAGCGGCACUGUACUGGAGAGGUUGGUGGUCAGCUCACUGGAAGCUCUAGAGAGCUGCUUUGCUGUGGGUUCCCCCAAUGAAAAGGAGAAAAAUAAAGCUGCUGCUCUAGAGUUGGCCACUCUCCUCCUGUCCAUCCCCACUCCUGCUGGAGUACAGCAGCAGACCAAAGGCCUUCUGGCUAGCCUGCACACCAGCCGCACAGCCUACCACAACCACAAGGAUCAGUCUCUGCUUAGCAACGCAGUACUGUGUCUGAACAGCUGCAGUAAAGAAGGAAAGGAGCUGGACCCUGAUGUGUUCCAGAGACUGGUGAUCACAGCCCGCUCCAUCGCCAUCAUGAGACCCAACAAUCUUGUGCACUUCACCGAGUCCAGACUUCCUCAGUCAGACACUGAUGUAGGUGAUGAUGGGAAGGAUGGACUGAAACAAGCUGAUACCGAGAACUGUAGCUUCAUCAUGCAGCUGGUCACUAACUUCUGGAAGCUUCAUGCUCUCAAACCUAAGAAUGCUUUUUUGGCUCCCGCCUGUUUGCCAGGUCUAACUCACAUUGAAGCCACAGUCAAUGCACUGGUUGAUAUCAUCCACGGUUACUGCACCUGUGAGCUGGAUUACAUCAAUGUGGCAUCUAAAAUCUACAUGCAGAUGCUGCUCUGCCCUGACAUCUCUGUGAGCUUUGCUUGCAAACAGGCUCUGAUUAGAGUUUUGAGACCCAGAAACAAACGCAGGCAUGUGACCUUGCCUUCUCCUCCACGGUCCAACACGCCCAUGGGAGAUAAAGAUGACGACGAUGAUGAUGAUGCUGAUGAGAAGAUGCAGCCCUCCAACAUGACGGGAGGGGAAAGCGGCAGGCAGGAGAGUCAAGAACAAAGCGAGGUGGACCACGGAGACUUUGAGAUGGUGUCUGAGUCUAUGGUCCUGGAGACGGCUGAGAAUGUGAACAAUGGAAACCCCUCUCCUCUUGAAGCUCUGCUAGCAGGGGCGGAGGGCUUCCCACCCAUGCUGGACAUCCCUCCAGAUGCUGAUGAUGAGACCAUGGUGGAGCUGGCUAUAGCUCUCAGUCUGCAACAAGACCAGCAAGGCAGCAGCAGCAGUGCUUUGGGCCUACAGAGUCUGGGCCUAUCUGGUCAGGCCCCAAGCUCCUCAUCCCUGGACGCAGGAACCCUUUCAGACACCACUGCAUCAGCUCUGGUUAUGCUUUCAGCCCCAGCCUCGGAUGAUGAGGGGAGCACAGCGGCCACAGACGGCUCCACGCUGCGCACCUCUCCCGCCGAGCACGGGGGCAGCGUGGGCUCUGAGAGCGGCGGCAGCGCCAUCGACUCGGUUGCAGGAGAACACAAUGUGUCUGGCCAAACCCCCCUUAGCAAAGCCUGCUGUUUUUUUCCUGUAACAGCUCUGGUUAUGCUUUCAGCCCCAGCCUCGGAUGAUGAGGGGAGCACAGCGGCCACAGACGGCUCCACGCUGCGCACCUCUCCCGCCGAGCACGGGGGCAGCGUGGGCUCUGAGAGCGGCGGCAGCGCCAUCGACUCGGUUGCAGGAGAACACAAUGUGUCUGGCCGCAGCAGUGCUUAUGGGGACACAACUGUUGAAGGACACCCUGCAGGGCCGGGCAGCGUGAGCUCCAGCACAGGAGCCAUCAGCACCACCACGGCCCAGCAUGAAGGAGACGGAUCAGAGGGCGAAGGAGAGACAGAGGGCGACAUCCACACCAGCAACAGGUUGCACAUGGUGCGUUUGAUGCUCUUAGAGCGUCUCUUGCAGCAUCUGCCCCAGCUCCACACUGUAGGUGGAGUUCAGGCCAUCCCCUACAUGCAGGUCAUCCUCAUGCUGACAACAGAUUUGGAUGGAGAGGACGAGAAAGACAAGGGAGCACUGGAUGACCUUCUGGCCCAGCUCAUCGCCGAGCUCAGCAUGCAUAAGAAGGAUGUUUCAAAGAAGAAUGAGCGCAGCUCCAUAAACGAGGUGCACCUGGUCAUCAUGAGGCUCCUCAGUGUCUUUAUGUCCCGCACCAAGUCUGGCUCAAAAUCCUCCUCUGAGUCGUCUUCUCUCAUCUCCAAUACAACAGCUACCGCUCUGCUCAGCAUGGGAGCGAUAGACUACUGCUUGCAUGUGCUCAAAUCCCUGCUGGAGUUCUGGAAGACUCAGCAGGGCGAGGAGGAGCCAACGGCCACCAGUCAGCUCCUAAAACCCCACACUUCCUCCUCACCCCCAGACAUGAGCCCCUUCUUCCUGCGUCAGUAUGUCAAGGGCCAUGCUGCUGAUGUGUUUGAAGCGUACUCUCAGCUUCUCACCGAGAUGGUUCUCCGACUGCCAUACCAGAUCAAGAAAAUCGCAGACGCCAACCCGCGCAUCCCACCGCCAAUCUUUGAUCACUCCUGGUUCUAUUUCCUGUCAGAGUAUCUGAUGAUCCAGCAGACUCCGUUUGUGAGGCGACAAGUGAGGAAGCUCCUGCUGUUCAUCUGUGGCUCCAAAGAGAAGUACCGUCAACUCCGAGAUCUCCACACGCUUGACUCUCACGUGCGGGGCAUCAAGAAGCUUCUGGAGGAGCAGGGAAUCUUCCUGAGGGAAGGAAUCGUGACUGCGACAUCUGGCUCUGCUCUACAGUAUGACACACUCAUCAGUCUGAUGGAGCACCUUAAAGCAUGUGCUGAAAUAGCCACCCAGAGAACGAUCAACUGGCAGAAGUUCUGCAUGAAGGAUGACUCGGUGUUGUACUUCCUGCUGCAAGUGAGUUUCCUGGUGGAUGAGGGUGUUUCUCCGGUCCUGCUGCAGCUGCUCUCUUGUGCUUUAUGUGGCAGUAAAGUCCUGGUGGCCUCCUCCUCUGGAGCUUCAGGUGGAGGUUCUGGAGGUUCAUCUCAGCCCUCUCAGAGCAAAUCAUCCAGCAAGAAGAGCAAGAAAGAGGACAAGGAAAAAGACAAAGAAGGAGAUGGAGCUGGCAGUCAGGAAGAUCAGCUGUGUACAGCUCUGGUCAGUCAGCUCAAUAAAUUUGCAGAUAAGGAGACGCUUAUUCAAUUCUUGCGUUGCUUCCUGCUCGAGUCCAACUCUUCAUCUGUGCGCUGGCAAGCCCACUGCCUCACACUGCAUAUCUACAGGAACUCAAACAAAUCCCAGCAGGACUUGCUGCUUGACCUGAUGUGGGCCAUUUGGCCAGAACUACCAGCUUAUGGUCGUAAAGCAGCUCAGUUUGUGGACCUACUUGGAUACUUCUCGCUUAAAACACCUCAGACCGAAAAGAAGCUGAAGGAAUACUCUCAAAAGGCUGUAGAAAUUUUGAGGGCACAGAACCACAUCCUGACCAAUCAUCCCAACUCAAAUAUAUACAACACCCUCUCUGGACUGGUGGAAUUUGAUGGAUUUUACCUGGAGAGUGAUCCUUGCUUGGUGUGCAACAAUCCUGAAGUGCCCUUCUCUAACAUCAAACUCUCAUCUAUCAAAGUGGACACGCGUUACACCACCACUCAGCAAGUGGUGAAGCUGAUUGGCAGCCACACUAUCAGCAAAGUCACUGUGAAGAUUGGCGAUCUUAAGAGAACCAAGAUGGUUCGCACGAUCAACCUUUACUAUAACAACAGGACUGUACAAGCUAUUGUAGAGCUGAAGAACAAACCUGCUCGCUGGCACAAAGCUAAGAAGGUGCAGUUGACCCCUGGCCAAACUGAAGUGAAGAUCGACCUCCCUCUCCCCAUUGUGGCCUCCAACCUGAUGAUCGAAUUCUCUGAUUUCUAUGAAAACUACCAGGCGUCUACAGAGACCCUGCAGUGUCCUCGUUGCAGCGCCUCUGUCCCUGCCAAUCCAGGUGUCUGUGGCAACUGUGGAGAGAAUGUGUAUCAGUGCCAUAAGUGCAGAUCCAUUAAUUAUGACGAGAAGGACCCAUUCCUGUGCAAUGCCUGUGGUUUCUGUAAAUAUGCACGCUUUGACUUCAUGCUGUAUGCAAAACCCUGCUGUGCUGUGGAUCCUAUAGAAAACGAAGAAGAUAGGAAAAAGGCUGUUACCAACAUCAACACUCUACUAGACAAGGCUGACCGUGUUUACCACCAGCUCAUGGGUCACCGGCCGCAGCUGGAGAGUCUGCUGUCUAAAGUAAAUGAGGCUGCACCUGAGAAACCACAGGAUGAUACAGGAGCAGGCGCUGGUCUCGGCACCUCCACUGCCAGUGUCAAUCGGUACAUUCAGCAGCUGGCACAGGAAUACAGUGGAGACUGCAAGACUUCAUUCGAUGAGCUCUCCAAAAUCAUCCAGAAAGUGCUUGCAUCGCGUAAGGAGCUGCUGGAGUAUGACCUGCAACAGCGGGAAGCUGCUACCAAAUCAUCCCGCACCUCCACACAACCCACCUUCACAGCCAGCCAAUAUCGAGCCCUGUCUGUCCUGGGAUGCGGGUACACGUCCUCCACCAAGUGCUACGGCUGUGCGUCUGCAGUCACGGGCCACUGCAUCACUCUACUGCGUGCACUGGCAACCAACACUGCCAUCAGGCAGAUCCUGGUACUGCAGGGUCUCAUCCGAGAACUGUUUGAGUACAACCUGCGCCGUGGCACUGGAGCCAUGAGGGAGGAGGUCCGCCAGCUCGUCUGUUUGCUUACCAGAGAUCACCCAGAAGCCACACAGCAGAUGAAUGACCUCAUUAUUGCCAAGGUGUCAGCUGCCCUUAAAGGUCACAGGGCCAACCCUGAUCUGGUCAGUAGUUUGCAGUAUGAAAUGCUGCUUCUUACAGACUCCAUUGCUAAGGAGGGAGGAUGCUGGGAGCUCAGACUUCGCUGUGCACUGAAUCUGUUCUUGAUGGCGGUGAAUAUAAAGACCCCUGUGGUAGUGGAGAACAUUACACUGAUGUGCCUGAGGAUCCUGCAGAAACUCAUCAAACCUCCUUCCCCAACCAGCAAGAAAAACAAGGAUGCUGCCGUCGAAUCCCUGACUACAGUCAAGCCAUACAACAACGAAAUCCACGCACAGGCCCAGCUCUGGCUCAAAAAAGACCCCAAGGCCUCUUAUGAAGCCUGGAAAAAGUGCCUUCCUGCUAGAUGUCAAGAAACAGUCUCUAAACCUUUGAAUAAGGCUGAGAUUAGGAAGCAGUACCUGAUGGAGAAGUACGUGUGGAAGUGGAAGCAGUUCAUGAGGUCCAGGUCAGAAGGCCUGUUCCCUCGCCUGCUCAAACUGGGUCAUAACAACUGGCUGAGACAGGUGCUCUUCACCCCAGCCACCCAGGCAGCAAGACAGGCGGCUUGCACCAUCGUCGAAGCUCUAACAACAAUCCCCAGCCGCAAACAGCAAGUUCUGGACCUUCUAACAAGUUAUCUGGAUGAGCUGAGCAUUGCAGGAGAGUGUGCUGCAGAGUACCUGGCUUUGUACCAGAAACUCAUCAAACCUGCUCACUGGAAGGUUUACCUGGCUGCCCGUGGUGUCCUACCAUACAUUGGCAACCUCAUCACCAAGGAAAUUGCUCAUCUACUAGCCCUUGAAGAAGCCACACUGAGCACUGACUUACAGCAGGGAUAUGCCCUCAAGAGCUUGACAGGUUUGCUGUCCUCAUUUGUGGAGGUGGAGUCUAUAAAGCGUCACUUUAAGAGUCGGUUGGUUGGCACUGUCCUUAAUGGCUACCUGUGCUUAAGGAAGUUGGUGGUCCAGAGAACUAAACUGAUCGAUGAGACCCAAGACAUGCUGCUGGAGAUGUUGGAGGACAUGACUACAGGGACGGAGUCUGAGACCAAAGCAUUCAUGGCUGUGUGCAUCGAAACUGCAAAGCGGUACAACCUGGAUGAUUAUCGCACCCCUGUCUUCAUCUUCGAGAGGUUAUGUAGCAUCAUUUAUCCAGAGGAGAAUGAGGUGACAGAGUUCUUUGUUACACUGGAGAAAGACCCACAGCAGGAGGACUUCCUGCAAGGCCGUAUGCCAGGAAACCCAUACAGCAGUAAUGAACCAGGCAUUGGCCCUCUCAUGAGAGACAUCAAGAACAAAAUCUGCCAGGAUUGCGAUCUUGUGGCACUACUGGAGGACGACAGCGGCAUGGAGCUCCUUGUGAAUAACAAGAUCAUCAGUUUGGAUCUGUCUGUUGCUGAGGUCUAUAAGAAGGUUUGGUGCCCCACCAACGAGGGUGAGCCAAUGAGGAUCAUCUACAGAAUGAGGGGGCUUCUGGGAGAUGCAACAGAGGAGUUCAUUGAGUCUUUGGACUCAACUACAGAUGAAGAGGAGGAUGAUGAGGAGGUAUAUAAGAUGGCUGGAGUGAUGGCGCAGUGUGGAGGUCUGGAGUGCAUGUUGAACAGGCUCUCUGGAAUCAAAGAUUUCAAACAGGGCAGGCACCUUCUCACAGUUCUCCUCAAGUUAUUUAGUUAUUGUGUGAAAGUGAAAAUCAACAGACAGCAGCUGGUGAAACCAGAGAUGAACACUCUGAAUGUUAUGUUGGGCACAUUGAAUCUGGCCUUGGUGGCAGAGCAGGAGAGCAAGGACAGUGGAGGAGCAUCCAUAGCAGAGCAGGUUCUUAGUAUUAUGGAGAUCAUCCUGGAUGAGGCCAAUGCGGAAACUGUCUCUGAAGACAAGGGUAACCUGCUGCUGACGGGUGAUAAGGACCAGCUGGUGAUGCUGCUGGACCAGAUCAACACAUUGUUUGUGCGUUCCAAUCCCAGUGUCCUACAGGGGCUGCUCCGCAUCAUCCCUUACCUGUCCUUCGGUGAACUAGAGAAGAUGCACAUCCUGGUCGAGCGCUUUAAACCCUGCUGCAACUUUGACAAGUAUGAUGAGGAGCACAGUGCAGAUGACAAGGUCUUUCUGGACUGUUUCUGUAAAAUAGCUGCUGGAAUCAAGAAUAAUAGUAAUGGACAUCAACUGAAAGACCUCAUCUUGCAGAAGGGCAUCACCCAGAGUGCUCUGGAUUAUAUGAAGAAACAUAUCCCCUGUGCUAAGAACCUGGAUGCAGACGUUUGGAAGAAGUUCCUUGCUCGACCAGCCCUUCCGUUUAUCCUGAGACUGCUGCGUGGUCUGGCCACCCAGCACCCCCCUACACAGAUGCUAAUCGGAACAGAUUCAAUAACCAAUUUACACAAGCUGGAGCAGGUGUCCAGUGACGAGGGUAUCGGCACUUUAGCAGAGAAUCUUCUGGAGGCACUAAGGGAACUCGCAGAGGUUAACCUGAAGAUCGACGCUGCCCGAAGGGAGACUCGAGCGGAGAAGAAACGCAUGGCCAUGGCGAUGAGGCAGAAAGCUCUUGGCACACUGGGAAUGACAACCAAUGAGAAGGGCCAGGUGGUGACCAAGACGUCCCUGCUUAAACAGAUGGAGGAGCUCAUAGAAGAACCUGGGUUGACUUGCUGUAUUUGUAGAGAGGGCUACAAGUUCCAGCCAACCAAAGUUCUGGGCAUCUACACAUUUACAAAGCGUGUGCCCCUAGAGGAGUUCGAGAACAAACCCCGCAAGCAGCAGGGCUACAGCACUGUCUCACACUUUAACAUAGUCCACUAUGACUGUCAUCUUGCUGCUGUCAGGCUUGCCAGAGGGCGUGAGGAAUGGGACAGUGCUGCACUACAAAAUGCCAACACAAAGUGCAAUGGUCUCCUACCAGUAUGGGGGCCUCACGUACCCGAAUCUGCCUUCGCCACCUGCCUGGCAAGGCACAACACAUAUCUGCAAGAGUGCACAGGGCAAAGGGAACCCACGUACCAGCUCAACAUUCACGAUACCAAGCUGCUGUUCCUGCGCUUUGCUAUGGAGCAGUCCUUCAGCGUGGACACAGGGGGUGGAGGCCGCGAGAGCAACAUCCACCUCAUCCCUUACAUCAUUCACACCAUUCUCUACGUCCUCAACACAACAAGGGCCACGUCACGGGAGGAGAAGAAUCUUCAGAGCUUCUUAGAGCAGCCUUGUGAAAAGUGGGUGGAGACUUCGUACGAGGUGGACGGGCCGCACUACUUCACCAUAUUGGCCAUGCACAUCCUGCCACCUGAGCGCUGGAGGACUACGCGUCUCGACUUCCUUCGUAGGCUGCUGGUCACUUCACAUGCCCGCAAGGUUUCACCAGGGGGUGCUAACAAGCUCACAGACAAAGCCGUGAAGGAGUAUGCUGUUUACCGCUCACCGCUUCUCUUCUGGGGUCUGGUGGAUCUUGUCUAUGAUAUGUUCAGGAAAGUGCCCACCAGCAACACAGAGGGAGGCUGGUCCUUCUCGCUCGCAGAGUACAUAAGGCACAAUGACAUGCCCAUCUAUGAUGCUUCAGAAAGAAUUUUGAGGGCUUUCCAGGAUGAGCUAAUGCCUGCUGAAUCCUUCUCCGAGUUCCUGGAUGUCGUAGGUCUUCUGUCAGACAUCCCAGACCCUGACGCCUUCCUGCAGGACCUGUUGAACUCUGUGCCCUGAUGGCACACUUUAUGCACCUCACUUAUGGACUCGUGAGCUCUCUGUCCAGUGCAGGUGUUCCUUAAACACGGAGUCUGUCUGUUACCCGGACACCGCUAUUCGCAACUCCAUAAGGACACCUUUCAAUCGGGGCCCAGGCUCCCAAAAUUUCUAUCAGCUCGCAUACACACUCAUUCACCUCCACUUCUGCUCCUGAUCUCCACGUGGGUUCAUUCAGUUAUAACUCUCUCCUAAACAAGAAAGUGACGUGUAGCCUGACGAGUUAAUGCGCAUUUACUCUACAAUGGUUUUAUAACACCUAAUACACACAAACACACCAUGCUGUUUUGAUCCAACAUGUUGCAGGUAAUUUGAUUUGGAAUUAAUUCAUAAACAACCCUGAUGGCUUUUAUUUUUCCCUUUUUUGAUUUUUGUUUAUGGUGUUUUUUUUUUUACUCUAAAUUGGCUAAGAGUUACAGAUUCACUAACUAAUCUCUCAUCGUCUUGGUCUAUGUUUCUGGAUAUUUUUUUUUUUUUUGCAGUGGUGUUCAAUGAAUUGUUUGCAGUUUGUGAGAAAGGCAAGGCCUGACAGUGGUUCUGUGAUGCGAUGCAAAUGUGUGACGAUUGUUUUCCAUGUGUAAAUGGUUAAAGAUUGAGAUGAAAGUUUGUUUAAUGUUAUUCCCAAAAAAUGAAAAUACUUUCUGAUUUGUAAAGGGUUUUACCUGCAUCAACAAUGAAACGAAGAUAAAGAAUAAAAAGGGCCUGCAUAUUUAUUUUGGGAGCCUUUUUCCACUGUUUUUCUGGUUGGGUUUAUGUGUUUUGAUCAAAAUCACGAUAACUACAUUUCUUUUUCGUUAUGUCUUCCAUGUGUCCGUAAUUCACACCGUAAUAUUCCGCAGAUUAAAGAUUUUCCCCAGAGCAAGUUGUGCCUCUGGUAAGCAAGGUGCCACUGAGAAGAGUCUCAGUGAUUUUAAGCUUAUUCUUACAAUAUAAACACACACCUGCGAUAGGGUGUUCUUGAGCUGAAUGCAUGGUGUGAAGUUUGUUUUAAAAAAGAAAACAAGAAAAACCCAGUUAGUGUUUAUUCGCCUAUUCCCGCUGCUACAAUGUUCAACUGUUGCUGAAUGUCUGCUUUUGAAUUAGCUCAAAUUAAUAAAGGUGUAAGAAUACCAUAUCUGA